AUGACGCCCACCCCUUCUAUGCCUCCCGAUGUCCGAAGAGAUAUUGUGCUCAAUAUACUCCAUACGGUGGCGGGGGCCACCCGCUCUAACUUAUUCACCCAGGAGAUUAUGGGUCUAGGAGCCACCGUUGAGACAUUCGAACCGAAUGACAAAGAUUUCUUGGCCUCCCAGACGCAAUGUCUUUUCGAGCCCAUUUCCGAGAAGGCCAUCAAACCAUGGAAAAUAUCGGCCACUUACGUCGCGGAGUCGGCAUCCUCAAAUAUCACAAUCGCUACGCUGCAGGUGUUCAAUUUCAUCAGGAUACAGUUCAGCUACCGCCGCCAAGGGAAAACCUACCUGAGUAAGACAUUUGGGUGGGAUCGGAUCGACUUUGAGAAGUUCUGCGGUGGUAAGGACUCGGGGUUCCUCUUUUCUCCGUCCGGGAAAUGUAGGGGCGUCGACACUCCGGCCUGGAGUCAUCAAUUAGUACAAGAGUGGUGGGAUGGCGAAAUCCUCGCCGGACCCUCUGUCCGUUUCGUUCUCUGCACGGAUGGGAUUGCCGAGGAAAACAGUCUACUAAUAAGUGAGCUUGGAGCAAUCGCUCAGGUCAUUGAAUAUCGCCGCACCCAGCCGGAGUUCCUGACCGCCAUGCUAUUCCCAGUGAGCUAA